AUCUUCGUUGGUUCACGUCCAGCCGCCUGCAAACCCUUCCUCCUUGAAAACCAUAUUACACAUGUGUUGUCUAUUGGGGUGGGUCCCGAAGAGGACUUGUCUCCCGAAAUCACUGUAAAGAAAAUUGAAUUAGAGGAUGAGGCGGAAGCAAAGAUCGAGGACAUACUUGACGAAGCUUGUCAAUUUAUCGAUGAGGGGACAACAGGAAGUAACAUGGUUCUCGUCCAUUGUCAUGCUGGUGGAUCUCAGUCCCCAGCUGUGGCCAUAAACUAUCUACAUCGCCGCAAAGGUUUCUCUCUACCCUGUGCCUUCUUUUUUGUCUCCACAAGGAGACCUGUCAUGGAUCUCAAUAGAGGUUUCCAAGAUUACAUU